GACAAGAGGGGAGUAUUACGAAGGCAGACUGCCGAGGCUGGUAAACAGUUGCUGGAGUAUGACAAUCAUAUAGAAAUGGAUGGGUUUCUACAAGACGUGGAGGGUUAAUCAACUGCCAACCGUAUACGUGUUUGAGGAAGUCCGAGGUCAUGUCAGCAAUUAAGAUUGCCCUGCAGCAGAGCCAGAAGAGUGGCAGAAGGAAAGCCUCUGAAGCAAUGUCUGCAGAGGUGUCGCCAGAUUCCAAGUGUCCCAUCUGUUUGGACAUAUUUAACAACAUGUCUUACCUGGACCUCUGCCUCCACAAGUUCUGUUUCCGUUGCAUUCACGAGUGGUCCAAGAACAAAGCAGAGUGCCCUUUAUGCAAACAGCCAUUCAAUUCAAUCUAUCACAGUAUAAAAUCAGAGCAAGACUUCAAGAAGUAUGACUUGCAGCCAUUGAAUAAUGGCUCUUUUGGGACUUUUGGGGGCGUGCGGUUUAGAUACCGCACAACUCUUACUGGAGUCCAUCGGCAGAUGCAUAGAAGGACCUCUCCACCACCAGACAAUGGAGUAAUGUUUGAAGCCUCUACAAACACCCCCCAGCAGCGGCAGGACCGUUACAUCCGGCGUGUGAUGACGAGGUUGGCAGCCAGGAGGAGAGCUGCGAGUGAAGGCAGGGCAGUGAACAAUGUCAGAGAGCAGGAAAUGAUCAACUUCAGGAGGGAAUUGUACCGACAAGGGGUCAGGGUUCGGACCGUUAGGGAUGGAGGCCGCUCGCGAGACACCUCAGCUGAGUUCUACCGAAAAAAUCCUGCCUGCCUACACAGACUGAUCCCCUGGCUAAAAAGAGAACUCACUGUGCUAUAUGGGUCCCACGGCUCUCUGGUCAACAUCGUUCAGCACAUCAUCAUGUCACGCAUUACUCGUUAUGAUAUGGAGGAUGGAGCUAUUCAGGAAGAGCUCAGGCCAUUCAUCCAGGGACGCACAGAGCAUUUUCUGCAUGAGUUCAUCAGCUUUGCAAAGGCCCCCUUCAAUAUGGAGGCCUAUGACCAGCACGCUGUCUACGACUGCCCAGCCCCUUCCUCAAAUGAAGACAGCAGCUCCAACUCCUCUGUAAUAGCUAUUUCAGAGGAUGAGGAACAUUCCACAGAGCUGGACCCCCAAGGAGACUCUGUGUCAACCCUAAGUCAUUCUGUGUGGGACGAUGAGACACCCGGGCCAUCGUAUUCUACAACCGCAGAGCAGAGCAGGGCAGAGCAUCUGUCAGUCCUUGACUCAGACUCAGACAGCAGUUUAGAGGAGGAGACACAGCAGUUUGGGGCUUCUUCACAGCAAAUGAGUCCCCACAACCAGGCAAAUGUGACUCAGGGUGAAGUUAACAACGAAGAGUGUUUGACAUCUGACAGUGAUGACUGUGUCAUUGUAGGCUUUGUCAAGCCAACAGCAGAGAGGACUCCUGAACUGGUUCAGCUCUCCUCUGACUGUGAUGAGUCUGACAGUGAAGAUACCAAGGAAGUGCCUCUUUUACCUCAACACAUCCGCUUCUCUAGCCUCAGUCCUCCAGCUUCACAGAGUAGUGAUCCAAGUGGUGCUGGACAGUCAGAAAAUGUAGAAACAGACCACCAUCAUCAGUUGGAUUCAAUAAAAAGACAUAGCUCUUCAGCAUAUAGCAGACACAAGACGUCCAGUAAGUCAGAGAGAAAAGACACAGAUCGAGGUUUUGAUGGUCAUGAGAGAUCCAGGAAGAGGCACGGGUCAAAGGACAGAGACCAGAGGAGAAGGAGGAGGUCAAGAAGCAGAGAGCGCAGGCACUCUAGCAGGAGCCCAGCGAUCUCCCAGAGCAGUGUCAGCACUCUGUCUAUGGAAAGAGGUUAUUCUUUCUUCAACAGCAGAGACUACUCAAAAUAUGAUAGUGAUUAUAAAAGGAGGGACAGUUAUCGGAGCUAUCAGUCAUAUAAACAUUACAGCCAAGAGGGUAAAGACAGUGGAAUGCAUUAUACAGAGAGACAGUCCUAUUAUUACAGUAGUCGCAAAUACGGAGAUAGGCACUCAUUCUCACGCUCUAGGAGCCGCAGCAGAGACUCACGGAGAAGGGACAGGAGGUAUUCCCGAUCUUUUUCCAGCAGUCGCUCCCCUUCGGCAAAAGGGAAAUCACACCACGACAAGCCUGGUGGAAAGAGGAAAUACAAAACAAGACAUUUGGAGGAACCGUCCAAAAGCACACUUUCCAAAUCAUAUCACGAAGGUGACUCCUCCUCAUUAUCAACAAAACAGAAAAAGAAAAAGAGCAAAGAGAAGCAUCGUAAAAAAUCCAAAGAGAGGUCCCGAAAGACUAGCAGGAGCCUCAGUGUGGAGCUCGUCAACGAGGAAAACUCACAUGAACGGAGCAAACACCACAAGAAAAAGAAGAAACACAAGAAGAAAAGCAAAAGACACAGGAGUAAUGAGCACACAGAGAAGAACUCACCCUCUGUCAUCACCAUUGACAGUGACAGUGAUUCUUUUGCUAAUGACAGUGUCACCCAGGCCAGCAGCACUAAAAUGGACAACCCUGUUGACAGUACCACAGAUGACCCAGUAGGCCCUGCUGCUCUGUCCUCUGUGAUUUAGAAGUCCAGAUUCCCGCUGCGUGUGGUGGGAACCGAUGGAUUCACUCUCAACUGCUAAUGCCAGCCAGCAGUAUUUUAGAUCAAAACAAUUCUCACUAAGUUGAAGGUCACCAGACACUGAAGGAUAUGGUGAAUACACAUAUCCCUUUAAAUAUCACCACAAGUGUUUUCUACAGUGACAGCUCUUUGGACUCUGGCAUAUUUGGCACACAGAUGUCCAUGUUAAACUGGAGAGUGGUGAUCAUUGGGUAAAUGACUGUUUAAGUUUUAGUUUUUGACUGUGUUAACUAACAACUAAAGCAAUGCUGUUUUAUGUGCAACGUGCCACUAUUUGACAAGGCAGAACGGAAUAAUGUGGGGCGCCUUUCAAGUGUUAAUUCUUAUUCUGGAAAUGCAUUUUCUUUAAUGGAUGUAUUUUAUUUGCCAAGUGCUCUCAGGGAUAACGUUGAGUACAGUGACUUUUUUUGUUAUCAUAAGUCAGCUAUAUUCUUGAGACAAAACAGUUUCUACCCACUGCUCAUGGAGUAAAACUCAUCUGCUGACGGUGUUUAGAUUUCAGAAUGAACUCUGUUUUGUAUUGAAUUUUAUUUAAAAAUAAAUUGUAAUGAACAA